AUGAUAAUAGUGGAUGGGCAUGAACUAAGGAGAAAUUCGAUCAUAGAGUUGUGUGUACUGCCAAACAUGAUGGUACACAGAAUUAUGGCAGAAAUAGGAAGACAGGUUACAGAUGCAGUGUUUGUGGACACUGUUGGGAACCUGAGGUUUGUUACAGAUGCUAUUUAUGUGUUGAGCUACAGAAAGCUUGUCAAGACUUUACUUUCGUUGAGAUCUAGGCAGGGAUUUGUGCUGUUUAUUGAUUCGAUGACUUUUAUUGCAGACAAGCAAGUACCUGAUGCACAAAAAAUAUACAAUAUUUUGUGGGAGCUUAUUUAUGUGAAUGAUGCCACAGUGAUUGUUUCGAAUCAUUACAAGGUGCAUCAAAGUAAGCUUGUGCCACGGCUUGGAGUGCGUUGGGAAAUGAUGGUCAGCUACAAAGUGAUGUUCAGGUAUGUAAAGAGUAAAGUAAUAUCAUCAGUACAUUCAAAUGAGUUAUUUGAACGGUAG